ACAUCAGAAUUUCCUAUGUUACUUUGCUGUAGCACAUUUUCUGCUUUUGGAUAAAUAAUAUUUACAAAUUUUCUGCAUUUAUUGAUCUGAAGGAAGGUCUCAAGUACAGGUGCCAUGGAUUCAAAAAUUGGUGGCCCUCUUCAGUAAGGUACCAGCUAGCCACCUGAAUAAGUUGGACCGCAAACAAAUAAGGCAUAAUUCACAAUACCCAGAAGGUGCUGGAAAUGGCAUCUGAUUCCAGUUGCUAUCUAUAUUAAUUACCACCACUUACACCUAAUAUCAAACCUCAUUGUUUAAUCCCAAUUCAGCAUCUGCUCUUACAACUUGCCGGUUCAUAUGGAUGGUGGCAAGGAGAAGUCAAGCAGUAGGAAAAAGAUGAGUGUGGUGGUAGGACCAUGGGGAGGCAAUGGUGGAACUGCUUGGGAUGAUGGAAUUUAUAAUGGGGUAAGAGAAAUCACUCUUGUUUAUGAUCGUUGCAUCGACUCCAUCAGAGUGGUUUACGAUAAGAACGGUAAGCCUGUAACGGCGGAGAAACACGGCGGUGUAGGAGGAAACAAGACAGCUGAGAUUAAACUAAAAUUCCCAGAAGAAUUCUUGAUCAGUGUAACUGGUUAUUACUGUCCUGUGGUUUAUGGUGGUAGCCCUGUGAUUCGAUCACUGACGUUUAAGAGUAACCGAAGGACGUUUGGUCCGUAUGGAGUUGAAGAAGGAACACCCUUCGCUUUCUCCGUAGAGGGAGCGCGAAUCGCGGGGUUCAACGGGAGAAGUGGAUGGUAUGUUGAUUCAAUCGGAUUUCGAUUGUGUCGUGUUCAAUCUCCUAAACUCUUUCAGAAGGUGCAGAAAGGAUUUCAAAGGCUUACUAGUAGUGUCUCAAAAGCCUCUGCCUAGCCUAGAGAGGAUUGUCACUCAAAAGGCCCCUUCCAUUAAUACCUGGAGGUGCUAAAGUUCAUCAUCAAAAUUAUAGCAGCAACCACCUUAGAGUUUAAAAUCAAACAAUCUUGAAUGUAUACAGAUAUAUAUAUAUAUAGACAUGUCGGAUUUUGUUGUCUUUCGUAUGUUAUUUGAUGUUAUUAAUGAUUGGAUUAGUGUUUAACUCGUUUGAUUUUUUACACGAAAA